AUGGACGAUCCGAACUGCGACUCCACCUGGGAGGAGGACGAGGAGGACGCAGAAGAAGACGCCGAAUGCCCAAAGCCGGGGAUCGACUUGGACGGGGACGCGCUGGGGGACGUGGACGAGGAGGACGAUGACGAAGACGACGACGAGGAGGAGCCGCCGCGAGCCGUGCGGCCCAGCGCCCUCCAGCUUAGGCCGCCCACACUGCCUGCUGUGGCUGAUGACCGGCAGCCUGCACCCCUCACUCUGGCCUUCAAGCCCCCCAACCUGCUCCCACUGGUCUUCCUGGCCAGGAUGCUGGGGUCCCGAAACUGGCGGGCCAUGCAGGACAUGCGCAGGUACCGGCACCACUACCCGCUGUCAGGAUGCCCCACGAGCAGGGAAGCUCUGAUGAGGUCCCACAGCCCCACCUCUCUGGCCCUACAGGAUCUGAUAGAACGAGACUGCAAUGGAGACAUGCCCAACCUGAGCUUCUACAAAAACGAGGUCCGCUUCCUGCCAAACGGCUGCUUCAUUGAGGAGAUUCUUCAGGACUGGAAGGACAACUAUGACCUCCUGGAAGACAAUCACUCCUACAUUCAGUGGCUGUUUCCUCUGCGGGAGCCGGGAGUGAACUGGCAUGCCAAGCCCCUCACACUGAAGGAGGUGGAGGCCUUUAAGAGUUGCCCGGAGGCCAUGGGACGCUUCCUCCAGGCCUAUGAGCUCAUGCUGGGCUUCUACGGGGUGGAGCUGGAGGACCGAGAUACAGGCGCUGUGUGCCGCGCACAAAACUAUCAGAAACGCUUCCAGAACCUGAACUGGCACAGCCACAACAACCUGCGCAUCACACGCAUCCUCAAGUCUCUGGGCGAACUGGGGCUGGAGCAGUACCAGGCGCCGCUGGCGCGCUUCUUCCUGGAGGAGACACUGGUGCGGCGGCAGCUGCCGGGUGUGAGACAGAGCGCGCUGGACUACUUCGUGUUUGCAGUGCGCUGCCGUCGCCAGCGCCGCGCACUCUUACGCUUCGCCUGGGAGCACUUCCGGCCACGCAGCAAGUUUGUCUGGGCUCCCCUAGACAAGCUGCAGAGGCUCCGUCCACACGAGGAUGACAGCCCUAGGCGCCCCCUGGAUAAGACCAACACCCAGGGUCGGACCUGUGGGCCAGGUGGGGAGGAGGGUGACAGCAGUGUAUCCCAAGAGGUGGGAUCCCCCGAAAGAGACCCAGGAAAUGCGGCCUGCCUUGAGCAGGGCCUUGAACCCUCCAGCCCUAAAGAGAGCAAGAAAAGGAAAUUGGAGGUGAACCGAGAGCAGGCCCGGGGGGAGCGAGGCCCGCAGAGCGCUUCAGAGGUGGAGAAGAUCGCACAGAACCUGGAAGGCUGUGCCCUCAGCCAGACCAGCCUCAGGGUGGCCACCGAGGAUGAGGGCAGUCAAGACCCAGAAGAAGACGAACAGCCCUGUCCCCAGCCCACGGAAGCCAAGGUGGCCGAUGAGGUCAGGAAGCGACGGAAGGUGGACGAGGGGGUGGAGGAGAGGUCAGCCACUAGUGAUGAGGCCCAGACGCCGACCCCCACAGGGCCCCCCACUGCAUCGGAGGGACCAGAGGACGGGAGAGGCUUCUGUAAAGAACCAACAGGCGAGGAGCAGGGUGCUCCAGGGAGCCCCACAGAAGACCCAGUGGAGACCACCACUGGACCCCCUGUAGAUGAAGGGGCAGUGGAGGCCGGACCCUCAGCCAUACCUGCAGAGCCAUAG